ACCACCACGUCAAGCCAGCCACCACCACCAAAACAGCGGGGCCACUGCGCUAGACCUGACUUGGACGACGACUCGAGCCGAGACGGCCAUGAGUCGGACCACAGCAGCGGGCUCAAUUUACACCGAUCUCCAAGCUUCCCAUGCUCUCAAUACCAAGUACCCUGGCAGUACGAUAGGCGCGCUCCUUUGCCCCGGCCUCCAUGGCCCAUUCAUCUCGUCUACUUACUAUGUAUGUACCACCAUACCCAGGCCACUAGUUCAUCACAACCAAGCCCGCUCAACACCUACAUGCCAUCACCGUGA